GGAGAGGGUGGGUGGUAUACUAGCCUGUCCUCUCGCUCCCUGCGUCCACUUCGCUUGGUGAGGCGAAGUUCGGAAGUGCUCCUGUAUCAAACUUUCCAAGAUCGGAUUGAUUUUACAAAUGUAUCACAUACUUGGAAAACAUAUGACGUUGUUAGGCUCGAUACAUUGUAAAUAUUACACAGAAAAUCGCUAGUUAAAGUUAGGUAUCGUCAAGUUUUAGCAUUUGUGUAGAAGUAAGAGUUACAAUUAUCUCAAGCAUAGAGAGAAGUUUGGUCGAACUGCUGGACCAACAGAUAACCUUCACUCUGAGCAGCACUGACAGAAAAUAUAAAGUAUACUCAAGUCGUAGCUCCUGAAUAUUAAAAAAAAAAUACCCUAAUACAGCCAACUUCUGCCUAAUAUUGUGUAAUAUCACCAAACGCUGAUUCCAAGAAACUGAAUCUCAGAAUAUAAUGGUGACUCUUCAACUGAUCACUAAGUGGACAUAAACUGAAUAUCCAAUCAAAUGUUCAUACCUUAAUCGACGACGUCAACUCAGAAAAAAACGUGGUAGGUGGUGGAGCAGACAGACACACACACACUCACUCACUCGCCUGGGAGAAGCCUCAAGAGCUUCAGAAGUUGUGAGAGUUGUGAAGCGAAACUUUUGAAGAAGAAGAAUUACUCGUCUGAUUCACAAGAAAUAAAUUUACGGGUAAAAUAGUAAGAAAAUAACAUUUAUCAUCCUGAGGCUUCAAGAAAUAUUGUGGUAAAGAGUGUGAAGAAUAUUAUUAGAAAUAUUCAUGAGAGUUGAGUGAGAUAUUUGUUUUCAUGAUUAAAGAUUAAGUCAAGAGUGAAGAGAACAAGAAAGUUCAAAAAUUGAAGGUCUAAUGACACGCUCUAACGACUAAGACGGAGCCAAGUCACGAAACUUUAACUCGAGGCAGCAAGACAAACACAAGCUGGUAAUUCUAAGAUAAACAUCAAGAAAAAGCUAAGAACUUGUUAGUAAAAGCGCUGCCAAUGGUCUGGCAACGACAAUUACCGACACACUGACCACGAGUACCUGAAAACUAUGUGGUGUUUCCGGUACAGUAAACAAUAUGUUUUAUUAUCAAUACUAAAUCAUUUCUUUUCAUGGUGGUAAAGGUACCUUUAUAAUAAAGAUAUAUUUACACCUUAUCCUUGUGUCUGUAAAUAUUCACAAAGGAAGAAAAACACUGAAAAGAGGCGAGAUAAACAAUAAUAGUAGAGAUGUGGUUCAUAUGGAUAAGGAACAUGACAGACAAACACAAGCUCUGUGACUGGUGGAAAUUCAACUGAGAAUUUGUUAUAAAAGCUUGAGUGUGACAACAGCAACGAUGCGACAUAACCUUAGUGUUACUGUGUACCACAGUAGUGGCCACAGUGGUGAAGAUGCAGGUAGUGGUUACCAUGGUAACGCCAGCGCUGAAAAAUUUUUCCGCGUCUGCACUAUUGAUAAUGACGUCAUCACUGACCUCCACGACAAAAUGAGCACCACCGACCAUGGCAACACAAGGAGCGCUGAAAGCAGUGGCAACUCUAGCAGCAGUUACGAUGGCUCCUCCCUUCCUUUACGACACUCAACCAAUGCAGCCAAUCCUUCCCCACCUGUGGCUGAGGUAUUAUCCGAGGCCACUAACCACAGAGCCCUAGACCCCCGAGGGACACCCACCCACACCACUAACAACACCAGCAGGAGUCACAACCAUGGCAGCAGGGAGACCACAACCACGUACAGCCACGGCAUUAACCACGCGUACGGCACCCAGCAGAGCAACACCAGCUGGCUACGAGUCCUUCUCACUUUAUUGGCGGUGCUUCCUACCCUGGCUAAAGGACCCCAAGGCAACUCCCCCAACAGCUUAGGUGGUUACAGUGGCAAUCUACAAGGCAAGGAUGGGAUAUUUCUUCAGUCAAACCACACCGAGAUCACCGCUCAGUCUGGGGCCACCGCUGCUCUUCCUUGCCGCCUGUCCUCACCGCUUGGGGACGGAAUGGUGUCAUGGGUACGUCGUCGAGAUUAUCACCUGUUGACAGUUGGACGACAGGUGUACUCAUCAGACGCACGAGUCGGAGUGAAGGUGUCGCCUGAUGGGUGUGACUGGAUGUUGACGGUGCGGUGGGUGGCCUCUCACGAUGCUGGCCAGUACGAGUGUCAGGUGUCAUCCCACCCUCCCCAGGCCCUCAUGGUCAACCUGCAUGUUGUUGAGGCCCAUGCUGAGAUCGUCGGAGGAGGAGAGCGGUACAUUCACCAUGGAUCUUCCCUUAUCCUCGUGUGUCUCCUUAAGAGCGCCACAGAGCCACCCGUGUAUGUGUUCUGGUACCGUGGUGACAGAAUGAUCAACUAUGACAAGGAACGCGGGGUGACAGUGGAUAACUCCCGGAAGUCCUCCAAACUGUACGUGUCUUCAGUGUCCCGGCGAGAUGAAGGGAAUUAUACGUGUGUACCGUCUAAUGCUGCCCCAGCCUCUGUAGUUGUCACCGUUAUCCAGAAAGAAAACCCGGCCGGCCUCCAACAGGAAACUAAGGCGGAAAAGGAAACAUCAUCCGCCUCAUCACCUUCAUCAUCAUCCUCCUCUUCAUCAUCAUCAUCAUCAUCAUCAUCAUCAUCAUCAUCAUCAUCAUCAUCAGCAGCAGCAGCAUCCUCGUCGGUAUCAUCUUCAAACAGCAGCAGUGGGGCCAUGAUGGUGGGGAGAACAGCCACACCCUCGCUCUUCCUCUUGCCGUGCUCCCUUCCCACUCUGCUGCCUCUCUUGACGCGCCAUUUCUUCAGAUGAUGUGUGAACCCGGCACCAACAGGGAGAUAGGUAGUUAGAUACUCCACCAACCAUUAAACUCAGUACUGUUGCCAAAAAAAAAUGAAAUUACUCUUGGGAUAAAGGUACUGGAUUCAUUUUUAAACCGUUGCAGAGUUUAGAGGAGAUCAAACGAGUCAUUCUUAUGUGAAAUGUUGAUUUUGAACUCACUCGUGUGAUAGUGACGUCAUAUCCUCCCUUACCAAGAAAACAUCAACUUGUUUUAAUUAUUCAAGCAUUAAUACCAUGUAUAUGUGUAUAGACGAAGGAGAGGUAUACAUGACUCAAUAUAUCCAUGGUUAAUGUAUAAAUUAAUAAAUAAAUACAAAUAUA